AUGAGAAGUGAAAUAAAAAAGAGAAUAUGUAAGCACCAAUAUGCACAUGGAGUUAUGGACGGAACUGUAUAUAAUGAAUGGCAGAAACUGAGGACUAGAGAUAAACUGAAGAGAUGGGGAUGUGUAGAAUCUGAUGUGUGUGUUUUGUGCAAUAGUGAGGUGGAAAACAUUGAGCACUUAUUUUUUGAUUGCCAUGUAUUAAAAAGGGUGUUUGGGAAAGCAAUCCAGAACUGUUUGAUGAAUAGAGGAGUUUACUCUUGGAUGAGGGAAUGCUCCUGGUUCAGCAAGAAAACAAAGGGGAAGAGCAUGUUGGCAAAAAUCAGAAGAGUUGUGUUCUGUUGUACUGUAUAUAACAUCAGGAAAGCCAGAAAUAGAGUAAUUUUUCAGAAUGAAAGAGUGGAUACUGAGAUGAUCUAUUACUGGAUUAGGCAGGAAGUCUUGUUGAAGCUGUUUUCCUUUAGAUGCAAUUCUACUAGUUUCUUGAGUUUGUACCAGAAAUGGCAAGUUAGUAGUCUUUCUGAUUGA